CUGCCUGUUUCCUGCAGCAGAGAAGGAGGUGGUGUCGAGAGACUGGCAAGAUCCAACAACAUCGCAACUUCAACCUCAACCAACACCACUAUACAAUGAAAUUAUCAUCAAUAAUACCCGCUGCCGAACUGCACUACUUCACCCUCCUGCUGGUAACAGGUCUGUAUACUCCAGGACGAGGAGAGAUCACCAGUCUGGAUGCUGGAAACAUAGAUGACAUCCUCAACAGUGCAGGGGUGGCUCUAGUCAACUUCUAUGCAGACUGGUGUCGUUUCAGUCAGAUGCUCCACCCCAUCUUUGAGGAGGCGUCCAAUAUAGUGCGGGAAGAAUUUCCAGACACUACACAGGCAGUGUUUGCCCGGGUGGACUGUGACCAGCACUCUGAUAUAGCCCAGCGCUACAGGAUAAGCAAAUACCCCACACUGAAGCUGUUCAGGAAUGGGAUGAUGAUGAAGCGAGAAUACAGAGGUCAAAGGUCAGUGACCGCCAUCGCUGAUUUCAUCCGCCAGCAGAAAGUGGAUCCAAUUAAAGCGAUAGAAAAUCUGGAGGAAAUCAGCACUAUAGAUAGGAGUAGACGCACUAUCAUUGGUUACUUUGAAAAAAGGGACUCUGACAAUUACCGUACUUAUGAGAAAGUGGCCAACAUCCUGAGAGAUGACUGUGUUUUCCUGGCAGCUUUUGGGGAAGUUUCUAAGCCUGAGCGGUUCAGUGCUGAUAAUAUUAUUUAUAAGCCAAUGGGAGAGAAUGCUCCUGACAUGGUCUACAUGGGCUCACUCACAAAUUUUGACCUUAGCUACACCUGGACACAAGACAAGUGUGUGCCGCUUGUCCGAGAAAUCACAUUUGAAAAUGGAGAGGAACUGACGGAGGAGGGCAUCCCGUUCCUGAUCCUCUUCCAUCAGAAGGACGACACAGAUAGUCUGGAGAAAUUUCAGCAAGAAGUGGCUCGCCAGCUUAUCAGUGAAAAGGGUUCUAUAAAUUUUCUUCACGCCGAUUGCGAUAAGUUCCGGCACCCUCUGCUGCACAUUCAGAAGACCCCCACCGACUGCCCUGUAAUUGCCAUCGAUAGUUUCCGCCACAUGUAUGUCUUCCCAGAAUUCAGCGACUUUGCGGUUCCAGGAAAGCUGAGGCAGUUUGUUUUGGACCUGCACUCAGGAAAGUUGCACAGAGAGUUCCAUCACGGCCCAGACCCCACAGACAGCACUCCAGAACAGCAGGAGGAGAAUAGAGAGGUGGCCAGUAAUCCCCCAGAGAGUUCCUUCCAAAAAUUGGCCCCCAGUGAGACGCGCUACACCAUCCUCAGGGAUCGGGACGAGCUGUGAUGUUACAACCGCAUCGAGACCCAACCCAGAUCCCAGCAGUCAGCUGAUGCCUACCCGGCACUGCCGCUGCCUGCGCAAUGUCUAUUUUCAGAAUUUUUAUUUUAGAUAAAAAAUGUGAGAAGGUGAACCCCUGAGCUUUUUUGGGGUGGGAAAUGAAGAG